CUCAGCAUGUCCCUGUCCACAGAUUCAUGGGAUAGCAACUUUACUCAAACCUAGCUGUGACCUCAGAGUGACUAGAGCAGGCUCACAUUCUGCAGCAACCUCAUUCAGGCUUCACCAGAGCAGGACAUUGGAUGAGAUUAAAUGGCUGCCUUUUCCAACCUGACCAUAUUUUUCCUGGUAUCCUCCACUUUGGCACAUACUGUUUUUUCAGAAGUCUUCAAGCCAAAAAAUAUAGCUAAAUGGCCUAAGCCCCCAUGUAAAAUGUACUACCCACAGGGUCCUUUUUAUGAUUCAAAAUGUCCGAAUAUAACGUCAUACGUCUGUGCUACAAACGGCCACACUUACCAGAAUGAGUGUUUCUUUUGUGUCGAUCAGUGGGAAUUUGGUCCUCAUAUUAAAUUUGAUAAAUAUGGAAAAUGUGACUAAUAAGUAAUGGAGUCCUACACUUGCUUAUUCGUUUCACUACUUAAUUCUGAAAAUUAUUUCUUUCGGAAUGUGAGAGCAUGUAAUAAAGAACACGUCUGUGCUACAACCAAAUUUGGAACAAAACUGAAAACAAAGGAAUCAAAUUAAUGGAGAACCAAGUGUCACAUUUAUUACAAUUAAGCAUAAUAAUGAAAGAGGUGGUAGACAUUUAUCUCUGUGUACUGAUUGUUUAAAAUGAGCUUUCAAAAAAAUAAAAAUAAAAAUAAAUAAAAUGAGCUUUUAUUUUG